GAGGUGGAAACUAUAAAGUGACAAGGAGUGGCUAGACCUGUUUCCAUGAACAGAGAGCAGAUAAGCAAGAGCAAGAGAGGAGCUCACAUAUAUAGGAGCUAAAGGAAGGUUUUCAGAGAGGAAGAAAGGUUUCAGCUGUGCCUUCAGAAGAACAGACUUCUGAUUUCAGUCUUCAGCAUCUUAACUUGAAAAGAGAAAGGGAGCGAAGAGAGAAGAAGAAGGAAACAGGAGAGAAGAGGUAUUUUACGCAGGUGAUGAGGGUGGAGUUAAAGAAUACACCAAAGGAGGGAAGGUAGACAAACAGAGAGCAGCAAAUUGAUCCCUUAGAGCCUAAGAGGAGCUGAGGAGCUGAGCUUAACACUGACAGGAUGCAUGGAACUUGCCAAACUCUGUGAAGAAAGCAAUAAUGAACCUGCAAUAAGUGGAUUCAACUCUAUUUUUUUUCUUUGAGGUACAGAAGUUCAACCUAACAACUGAGGAUGUCAGGAUCAGACUCUCGCUGCACAGCAGGAGACACUGUCUGUGAGAUCCGUGUUUAUGAACAAGAGGUGAUCGUGGUUCCCAUCCUCCUGUUGUCCAGCUUCUUGGUCACUCUGGUCUUUAUUCUCCUGCUGCGCUUCUGCCCAGAGAAGGUUGACCGAAUCCGUCCCCGGAAAAAUGUGACCACCAGGAGAAUAUUGCAAGGCAUUGAUGCUCCACCUGGUAUCAACGUCCUUGAGCACGAAAGCAUCGCCUUGGAUUUACCCACCUCCUACUCCACCUUUCAGCCCCCCAAAACAUACCAAUCCCAAAACCUGUCUGUGAACCCACCCUCUCUCCCAACCAACCCCCUACCAGACCCCAUCAAGACCAGUUUCACUCCCAUCGCCCAGCCAAGGGAGCUGCCCCGCCAGAGGCUGCCAGAGUCCUUUAACCUGGUCACCCCUCUGCAGGGCUCCUUCUCCAUGCACGCCGACCCCUCUGUGUCUCUCUACAGGGCGCGCAUGGAAAACAGGAAUGUGGUUCUCCGUGUCCUCAAAGACUCAGCUGAUGCCGUGGAGAGACACAACUUCCUGGGCUUUGCAUCUUUCCUGGCACAGCUUGGACCACAUCCAUUCCUGCCAGAGCUGCUGGGGGUGGUCUCAAUCCGAGCCCCCCUGGUCACAGUGGUGGAGGAGCUUGAAAACAGGGACCUGCUCAGCUACUUGUGGCGAUGCAGACAGGACAACGUGGAUCCUCCGUGUGAAAUGACUGAGAGGAGAAUAUUUACUAUGGCCAACCAGGUCGCUUCUGCUCUGGAGUUCCUCCACAGCAAAGACCUCCUCCAUGGAAACAUCCGGGCCAGCAGCGUUCUGGUCUCUAAGCAGCUCACAGCCAAGCUCUGGGGCCUUCAUGGAGUUUACACACGGAAGAACAAGAAAGCCACUCAGAGGGAUGAUCCCAGCAUGAAGAAGUGGCAGGCGCCCGAGCUGCUGGUCAGGAAGCCAGCAACUAAGAGCAGUGACAUUUGGUCGUUUGGGAUCUUGCUGUUUGAAAUGGCAUCACUAGGGGAAGCUCCAUUUGCAGAAAUCUCAAUUAAUGAGCUUCUGCAGUUUCAUCAGAGAGGAAAAAACCUGAAAAAACCCUCAACCUGUUCCAAUUCACUGUAUGCACUCAUUAAAAGUUGCUGCCAGUGGAAAGAUCAGGAUCGGCCCUCGCUGGCGGAGGUGAGCCGAAAGCUUGUUUCAGGAGAAAAGAGCGCUUCGGAUAAAGCCCUCAAAGCCUCUGGGACGGUUAACCUGGAACAGUACCUGCAGGAAGCUGGAUAUGGAGAGACUAACAGCUACACUGUUUUCUGAUCGCCUCCAGUGUGAAAUGCCAAAAGAAGAAAAACAGAUGUAUUUGCACUACUAUCUCCAAGCUUAAUGGAGCACUUUUAUAAGAAACUCUAAGUUACAACUGAAGUGUUACAAACUCUGAACACGUUCAGCUUGACAAAAUGAAUUAAGUUAUCCUUUGGAUUCCUUCUGGAAAAACUCUGGAAUUCCAUUGUACGUUUAAGAGGGAUUUUUAUAAUUGUUGGUAAAAUGAUUCUGUUUCUUUCUCAGUUAUUUAACUUUUUAAGGGUCACAUUGGAAACAAAGGGGGGAUUUUGUUGAACAAGAAAGAGAUAUUGUGAGCCUGAGUUUGGUGCAUCUUUCUAAUAACCUGAACCUGUCCAUGAUGAGAUCAGAAACGGUUUGUGAUUCUUUUUUUUUUAAUGGGCCAACAUGAUUUAACAAGUAUAAGGGUAAAAAAAGCAAAGGAUCUCUCACUGUAACUAAUAAUAUCUUUAUUCAUGUUUACUUAAGCAGAAUUGGUCAUCUGGAGCAGAAACUGAACUCAGACAGUUUACAUACUCAAAUGUGAAUGAAAAUAUGAGAGGCUGAAAUUAACCUGUGAGCAAUAAAUCACAUACCCAGCUUCAGUAUUCUGUAAUGUUUAUUGAUAUGUACUGCAUACAUUUACAGAGAGUACUUCUAUUUAGCCCUUAAGAGAGCCGAGCAUAAGAGGUACCUUUUUUUUGGGUAAUUUAUUAAAGCUUCUACAACUAUAUUGUUUCCAUGAAAAAAUAACUUUGAUUGUACUAUAAAAAUGAGAAAAUAGAAAACUAAAACUCUUCAUAACUAUUCUAAAGAAACUACUAAAAACAACAGGCUUGUUGAGUGUCAUCGAGGUGUGAUUGAAGCCUGAGUUUGACAUCUAUGACAAAAACAUAAGAACAAAACAACAUAUAGAAAUGUAACUAUGAGAACCUGAAACCGGAAGCACCCUUUAGAAAUACUGUUCCACUGGUUUUCUGUGACCAGAAGGUGACAUUAUUAAGCAGGAAGACCUUGUGAGUUUUGCAGUUUUGGAAAAGUCUAUAAACAGUAUAUCUAUUUUCUGAAAAAGACAAA